AUGGCUGCUGCAAAGACAGAUGAUGAAAUAAUCCUCAUUGAAAGAGAAAUAAAAGAGUUUUGGACCAAUUUAAAAAACGUUUAUGGCGCUGAACAGAUUAAUGAGACGUUAGCGCUGAGAGAUUCGUGCAAGGAGUCCAUAAAGGCACUUUCAGAGAAAUGGUCCAAGAAGCUGAAAGAAGGGGACCUGAUGAUUGACAAAAUUCAGGAGUAUAGCAAUGAGAUUCUCCAGCAGAACCAACGCGUAUCAGAAAAUCAAGAGCGUUUUACAGAAAUGAAAUCUAACCUAAAUCAAGAAGAGAAGCAAAAGAAGGACUUGAUCGACAGCAUCCGAGAGCUUAAAGAAGAGCUGAUGAAGAAAAAGGAAUUGAUAUCUGCUAAAAACAAAGCUGCUAAGGAGAAAGUGGAACGACUGUGCAAGGCUAAAGCAUUGUAUGAAGAGCGGCUUGGACUAGAAAUACGCAGAAUUCACAAUGAACAAUUACAGUUUAUAUUCAGACACAUUGACCACAAAGAUCCUGACAAGCCAUAUAUGUUUACCCUUUCCAUAAAUGAACAAGGUGAAUAUGAAGUGACUUCCUGUACUCCUCCUCUGGAUUGUAUAGCAGAGUUCCAGCUCAAAGUGAGAGAAACUAACAAUUUUUCUGCAUUUGUUGCCAACAUGAGAAAAGCUUUCACUGCUUUAUCUUACAAAUAGUAUGCAUGAAACUAGAUUAUACCUCCCUUUCUAGUUGUAGAGCACAUUUUUCUUUCCUUCCUACAUUGUGAAAGUAUGUAUUUAUCCAUGCCUUACUCUAAUUUCUCAACAAAGAAAAGUAAUGAAAAUAG